AUGAGCGCGCGGGGCUGCUGGGGCCUCCCGGCCGUGCUGCUGGGGCUCGCGGCCUUGUCGCUGCUGCUGCUGCAGUACCAGCAGAGGAUCCACGAGCUCGCCGCGAUCUCCAGCGGGUUCGGCGGCGACUGCCGGGGCAACGCCACCUACGUGGCCCUGCUGGAAGCCAAGGUGGCGGCGCUCACCGCUGACCUGGCCGCCGAGCGGGCCAGGGCGCCAAGCAGCGCGGGGGACUCGGGCGUGGCUGGCCCCAGGGUGUGGCCCACCAGUGCGGACAACAGCUUGUUUGUCGACAAGGACGACGUGGUCGACAUUGCCAAGUUUGACAAGAAAGGGGGGCCCCAGCAAGCGGGCAAACGCCUUUCAGUCGAUGACGUGCUGUUCGGUUACGACCUGCUGUACCAGAAGCGCAAGCUCUUCGAUGUGCAGAGAUGGAAGGGCAUGGUCAUGCAGCAGGAUCCAAAUGACGCUUUUGCAAUUCAAGACUUUUUAUGGAAUGAGCGGCCUGACCUCAUGAUUGAGUUUGGCACAAACACGGGUGGCGGCGCUGUAUUUUGGGCAGAAAUCAUGACGGAAUACAAUCCCGAUGCUCACAUCAUCACAUUGGACAUUGCAAAUCGCAUCAAUAAAUCUUUCGCUGGCGCAAAGGGGAAAGUCAAGGCGUCUGACAGUCGCCACUGGGGAACAACCAUACGUCCAAUCAUUGGCAACCCAGAUACGCAGGAUGUACAGGACAAAGUUGAGGAGUUGAUCAGACAGUUUGGCGCCACGAACGUUUUCCUCAACGAAGAUUCCCUCCACAGCUUUGAUGUUACGCUGGCCCAUCUCAACCGCUAUCAUCAUUUGACCAAGGCCUGUGGGUGGAUAUUGGUGCAGGACACGAAGAUGUCUCGCUUCACUGGGCGCGACGGGCCGGUUGAAGCAGUCCGAGAGUUCAUCGGCAAGAAUACAGAGUACCGCGUCGAUAGAAGAUGGGAGUAUUUAUUGUACACGCAGCACGCCCAAGGUUGGCUGCAAAAGGGCCAGAAGUGUGGCAAGCGAUAG